AUUUUUUCUUUUUUUGUAGGUAUCGAUCCCUUCAAUUCUUUUAUCGCAGUUUCAUUUUAGGAAUCUUUUAUUUAAUAUAUAUUUUUUUCUUGGAAGAUUACUGAAUUUAUAAAAAAGUAUGGGAAAUAAUAUUUCGUCUUCAGAACGUAAAAAUAAAAAAAUAGAAUUUUAUAAAGAAAUUGAUAAUAGAACGACGGAUUUAGAAGUAGAAAAGGAAUUAAAAUAUUAUAUACCGAAUAAUUAUGAGGAUAUUGAUAGAGAACAUAUGUUUCAUUUUUUUCAAAGCCGUAUAUUCCAAAAUAAUUUUUCUUCUCCAAUUGAAGAAAGAUUAUUGCGAGAAGAAUGUAAAGUAUUAGAUAUUGGAUGCGGACCUGGAACUUGGUUGUUGGAUCUUGCAAGUAAAUAUAAAAAAUCCCUAUUUUAUGGACUUGAUAAUAAUUCAGUAUAUCCAAAUGAGAUAAAACCGUCAAACUUAAAUUUUAUACAAGCGGAUAUGUUCGAUGGAUUACCUUUCCCUGAUAACGAAUUUGAUUUUGUACGUGAGAGUUCAAUGUCAUUCCUUGUUAAAGCAGAUCAAUGGGACUUUAUUAUUUCUGAAAUGAUCAGAGUAACAAAACCUGAUGGAUAUGUGGAGCUUCAUGAACCAUAUAGUACAUUUAAUGGAAUUGGACCAGUUUUAAGUAAAAUGCAUGACGCACGUAAGUAAAUUAAAUAUUCCCAUAUUUUAUAAGGAUUGACAGAUUUAUUUUUUUAAAAAAAUUUUUAG